UGUGGCUGGCAGACCGGAGCUCGUGGAGGAGGCGCGGCUCCCCUGCCCCUCCAUCCAAACACCUGUAUGGACGACCACCUCAGUCUCCUUCAAUCGCCUCCGCCUUCCUCGACCAAACACCGGAGCGACAACCUCGUGAACCACGGAUACACCGAGACCGAAACGGACAUCAUGACAAUUGUUGCUUGUGACAACAUGUUGGAGGAGACGGCGGCGCUGCCCGGGCACCACUCUUUAGAACGUUACGCACCUGACCACGAGUGUUGUGAGAGAGUGGUCAUCAACAUUUCGGGCUUACGUUUUGAGACGCAACUUAAAACUCUAUCUCAAUUUCCAGAAACCUUACUCGGGGACCCUAAGAAGCGAAUGCGUUACUUUGACCCCUUAAGAAAUGAAUACUUCUUUGACAGGAAUCGCCCUAGCUUCGAUGCCAUACUAUACUAUUAUCAAUCAGGGGGGCGUAUCCGGCGACCUGUCAACGUUCCCAUAGACAUUUUCUCAGAGGAGAUCCGAUUCUAUGAAUUAGGAGAGGAGGCCAUGGAGAAAUUCAGGGAGGAUGAGGGCUUUAUCAAAGAAGAAGAGCGUCCUUUGCCCACCAAUGAAUUUCAGAGGCAGGUGUGGCUGCUAUUUGAAUAUCCCGAAAGCUCAGGUCCAGCGAGAGGGAUUGCUAUUGUCUCAGUGUUGGUCAUUUUAAUUUCCAUUGUUAUAUUCUGUCUAGAAACAUUACCCGAAUUUCGAGAUGACAGGGACCCCAUUACCGUGACACCCAUUAUAAAUGGAACUGUUCCUUACCUCGGAAGUCCUUUUUCCGACCCUUUCUUUGUAGUGGAGACUCUCUGCAUAAUUUGGUUCUCAUUUGAACUAUUGGUCAGAUUUUUUGCUUGUCCCAGCAAAGCUACAUUUUCAAAGAACAUUAUGAAUAUUAUUGACAUUGUGGCAAUCAUCCCAUACUUCAUAACCCUCGGGACCGAACUUGCGGAGAGACAAGGCAACGGGCAACAGGCGAUGUCCUUGGCCAUUCUUCGAGUGAUAAGACUCGUGAGAGUAUUUCGCAUUUUUAAGCUCUCCAGACACUCCAAGGGACUCCAGAUUUUGGGUCAAACUCUCAAGGCCAGUAUGAGAGAACUUGGUCUGUUAAUAUUUUUCCUCUUUAUUGGAGUGAUCUUAUUUUCAAGUGCCGUGUACUUCGCCGAGGCAGACGACCCCACCUCUGGCUUCAACAGCAUCCCUGAUGCUUUCUGGUGGGCCGUAGUCACCAUGACAACGGUGGGAUACGGAGACAUGCACCCAGUAACCAUUGGGGGCAAAAUUGUAGGAUCCCUGUGCGCAAUUGCUGGUGUACUAACAAUCGCCCUGCCAGUUCCCGUGAUCGUUUCCAACUUCAACUAUUUCUAUCACAGAGAGACUGAGGGGGAAGAGCAGGCUCAGUAUUUGCACGUCGCCAGCUGUCAGCCCCUGUCUUCAUCGGAGGAGCUCAAAAAGACACGUAGCUCAUCGUCCCUGAGUAAAUCGGAGUAUAUGGUGAUAGAGGAGGGUAUCAACAGUGCGUUUAAGCAGCCCAACUUCCCCGCUCAGAACAACCAAAAUUGUGUCAACAUCAAAAAGAUCUUCACGGACGUUUAAGCUUUGGAAAAGGAACGCCAGUGAACAGUUUGGCCAUUGCAUUAGCUAUUCUGUUUCAGUCAUUAUCGUAACGCGUCUGUACAAGUCAUAUGGAGGGCGAACAGUGGGUAGGCUAUAUGUAGCCUAUGUGUCAUGACUCUGUCAGUUUAUAAGCCAUUUGUUCUUAGAGACCGUAGCCUACACACGCGUUUUCAUACAGCUAUUAGGCUACGAAUCAGUGUUCAAAUGAUCCGCGUUCAUUUAUUUUAUACAGACAAUGCAGGGGUCAUCAGUGUUAAUAGCCUAGCCUUUUUUUUUUUUGUUAAGAAAAGUAAA